AAGACCAAGUAGAUCAUACUUUCAAUCAUUCACGCCUUCAAGUAGCUGGAAACAUUUUGAGAUUUUUGUUGUUAUUUUGUAUAUUUGUGCAAAAUAUUGAACAAUCGUAAAUACAAAUGUUCAAAACGUGUGUAACUGACGAUAGAAUAUAUUAUAAUACAUAGUGGUUAUGUGUUAAGAAAUGUACCAGGAAAUAAAAACAAUGUGAGUUAAUUUCCAUUUUCCACGUUUUAUUUGCGGAAAUGAUUAACUUAGUGCCCGUUAUCCUGCUAUAUAGAAGCUAGAUUAACGCGAGGAGAUGAUUUGUUAAAAGAAACCAUGAUCGGCAACGGAUCAACGAAUAUGGACGGUAUGAUGAAUGCCUCUGAAGAUGGUGAAAAAGGAGCUCCAACGGCUUAUAAUUUCUGUCGAGAUUUUAUACGAGGAUGCUGUACACGCGAAAACUGUAGAUAUAUACACGAAAUACCAUCAAAGCCUUAUUUGAAAGAACUCUUCCGUUUCUGCCACGACUUUCAAAACAAAGGUUGUUUCCGAGCAAACUGCAAGUUUAUCCACAGCUCUGCUGACGAGGAAGAGCACUUUUACGUCACUGGAAUGUAUCCUCGCGAUCCUCGCAACUUGCCAAUAUGUCAAGCUUAUAUUCACGGGGCAUGUUCUAACAAUGAUUGCAAGUACGUCCAUCCGCCAGAUGUAGUCGGUACUGAAGUCGGACGACAACUAAAUAUACCACCUCCGCCGUAUAACCGGCCGCCACCACCUCUUAGAGAUGAUGAUUCUCCGCCUGAAGCCAAAUUCCGAAGGUUUGCAUAUGAAGAGAAUGGUAUUGAGAAACCAGUCCUACCUCCAACAAAUAUAUGCCCCAACUGUGAUUCUCUGGACCACAAAGUUAAGUUACUUCAUGAUAAUAUAAGUGUUUUAUUGAAGAAAGUUGCAGACUUGACUGAGAAGAAUGUUCAACUGACAUCAAUGAAUGAAUUUUUGUUGGAACAAACUGCUUCUAUCAGAACUGAUCAACCUUGCGUGAUUACUUCCCGUCACGGCACCUCUGCCCCUGUGUCUCUAGCUACAGUAAGUGUGACACCUGUAGUGAGCCUAGCAGGUGCAUUACCAGCUCUGGUUCCAGCAGCUGCAACACCUAAUCUAGCCCUAGCACCAGCAGCAUCCAGAGCACAACUCUUGACUCCAGCACCUCAAAUACUUACAGUGAGCACUACACAACAGCUGGUUGGUAAUUCUGGAGCGUUAAUAGUUACUAGUGCUGGAGCUCAGCAGCUAAUGCAAGUCAGUGAUUCUGGCACAUUGAUGGGUGGUGGACAAACUGUGGUGGCGGUGACGCCGGCGCAGCUGACGUUAGCGCCUCCUGCUCAACAGCUUAUGAGCAGUGGGCCACAAACAGCAGUGCAGCAGUUGGUACAGCAGUCUGCACUACAACCUCAACUUGCGCCACAACAUCAAGCUACACAGUAUGCCACACAACAAUCUGUACAACAUUUGGCAGCAGCUCAGCAAUCUGCACAACAUUUAGCAGCACAGCAAUCGGCCCAACAUCUGGCACAUCAACAAAAUGCACAACACUUGGCUCAGCAGUCAGCUCAGCACUUAGCUGCUCAGCAGUCAGCUCAACACUUGGCUGCUCAACAGUCUGCACAACAACAUCUUGCUGCAGCACAGCAAUCUGCUCAACAUUUAGCAGCAGCUGCCCAACAGUCUGCCCAGCAGUUGGCAGCGGCUGCUCAGCAGUCUGCUCAACAGAUGGUGGCUCAGCAAUCAGCGCAGCAGCUAGCUGCUCAACAGUCAGCACAGCAACAAUUGGUUCCCUCUGCACAACAGUUGGUUCACCAGACUUCCACCCAACAGAUUACCAUCUCAAGCACUAGUCAACCAAUGGCACUUCCUAACUCUCAGGCUCAGCCUAUUACAUUCCCAAUAAUUUCACAAAGUAUACUACCACACUGAGCUACAUUGAACUUAUCCAAUGUAUUUAUUACCACAUUAAAAUUACAUUUCAAAGUAUACUGAUUGUAGUUUAAGCUAUUGAAAAUUUAUACAAUUUGCAUAGAACACACAACCUAUAUCGGUUGUUUUCUUUGGAUAAACUGGUAUCUUGUCGAAAAUAAGCAAUAUUAUAUUAAAAAACGCAAUGUAAGAUAUUUCUGGUUGAAUUGUAAUACUUAAGUCCGAAAAUUUUGAAUUUGGUGUGUUGUUCACACAAUUUAUUGCUGAAUGAUUCUAGGUAUAUUAAUCAAUCAAACUAGAUGGUGCCCAGUGCGCUCGCUGCUAAAGCAGUGUCGCGUGCUGUGAGUGACCUUUCAUACUAUAAAAAUUAAAAACCUCUUGACAGAAGAUUUGACUGCAAUUUUGGAUCUUUGGUGUCAUAUUCUUAUAUCAACCCAAAUAACAUUAUCUUGUGUCUCCCUGAUGCAGAGCAGUUUUCAGACAUCUCGAAGAAUUCCCUCACUCACAGAGGUGGCUCAAUCAAAUCCCUCUCAUUUUACCCCCUUGGGGCUCCUUGGAGAACAACUAUCAGUGAGGAAGUUUCCAGCUAUAUAUAACAUAUAUAUAAUAUAAUUAUAAUCAAUCACAAUAACAUUUCCAGAGAUUUAAUAAUAACAUGGAGUAAUUAAUAUACUAUGAUAUUACUAAUUAUCACUACCUUUUUAUCAUUACUAAUUUUUGGACUUUGUGAUGUUAUAGAUAAUUAUAAUAUGUAAAUUAUUAAUGCUUGCUCGCAAAUUCAACCAUGAAAUAAUUAUAGGUACUUAACUUACACAUUAAUAAACCCAUUAAAACUGUUACAACCUAAUUAAGGGUAGGUAAAUUAUAUUUAGUAGAUCAAAUUCUUUGUUUGAAACAGUAUUUUUAUUGUGUAAAUGUGCUUUUAAACAUAAGGUUUUUAUAAUUUUAAUGAAGACCUGGAGUUUGAUUUCUCCUAAAUGAAGAAUUCACAGGCAGUAAAUAAGAAGAAUAAUAUUAAGCAGAAUUCUGGAAGCAAAAGAUCAAUAACAUUUUAAAUUAAUUUGGUUUUGUUAUUGUGCCACCAAUUAAUUAGUUAAGGGUAUUUUUAGUUUUUGGGCUUGAUAAGAAUUAUUGUUCUUGACCUAAUAGGCGUAAUGAAGCUUCGCUACUCAGAACUGUAAUGUUAAAUUAGGCUAUUUAUUUUAUUAAUAAAAGGAUUGUUCAAACGUU